AUUCGUACACGCGCUUCCGGUCGUGCAAGAGAAACAUGGCUGCGCCCUUGCGAAUGUCAUGUUGUUGAAUGCUUGCAUUUAGUUGCGUCUGUUUGAGCCAUAUACACACUUUAAGCGUACAUUUAAUACGAUUAUAGAGGUGUCUACAUGCAGUUUCCGGAUUUAUAAAGCUUUACUUUCCUUGUCUACGGAUAUUCUGUGAAUCAUGGUCCACCUGUCAUCUUUACUGCUAAAAAAAUAUCACGGUGGGCAUGUGGUGAUCCGCUUGGCGCUAGGGGGCGCCACCAACAGACCAUUCUACCGCAUCGUGGCCGCCUAUAAUAAACGGGCGAGAGACAGUAAAUAUAUCGAGCAGCUGGGGUCGUACGACCCUCUCCCUAACAUAUAUAAUGAAAAACUUGUAGCCUUUAAUUACGACAGAAUCAAAUACUGGAUUGGCUGUGGUGCCCAUCCCUCCAAACCUGUGGCCAAACUUCUGGGAUUGGCUGGAUUUUUCCCACUGCAUCCAAUGACAGUAACAGAAGCAGAGCGGAGACGGAACGCAGCUUCUACAGAAGAAAUAAAGUUGGACAUUGAAGAUGCAGAAGAAAAGCAGGCAGAGCUGUGAAAAGCUAAAGGAGUUGUACUAUAAAAGCAAAAUAAAGUGUUUAAAGUUU